AAAAGAUCUCAGGCCUUUGCCUUUUACUCAAAACUACAACCUGGCAUUUGUAUUGCAGACAGAGAUGAUCUGUGUGUUCGGGCUCUUCUUUAAUGGAACUUUCCAUCGUAAAUAACUGCCAGUUAUACAAAACACAGAAACUUAGUGUACAUAACAUCGGGGAGUUUAACUCAUCGUCUGGUCCUGUCAGUUUAAGAAGCAACUCAUCCGCCCUACAAGAAGACUUAAAAAUCACAUUCUGCUUCCGAUGACCACCUGAAAAUGGAAGCAAGAGAAGAACUAGAUAUGGAUGUAAUGGCACCUCUCAUUGAAGAAGCAGGAUGUGGUUCUGAAGAGAUUUCAGAUGAUGACCAGGAUCUUGAAUUACUCCCUGUGCAGAGGCAUUACAAGCUUGCUGGUAAUCACCAGGGCACUACGUUUUCACAAACCCUGAUCCAUCUGUUAAAGGGAAACAUUGGAACCGGUCUCCUUGGCCUUCCUCUUGCAAUAAAGAAUGCAGGGAUUGUGGUGGGACCAAUAAGCCUUAUUCUGAUGGGAGUUAUAGCUGUUCACUGCAUGCAUAUUCUGGUGCGGUGCAGCCAUUGUCUUUGUGAGAGAUUGAAAAGACCAACGUUAGGGUACAGCGACACUGUUGCUUUUGCAAUGGAGCAUAGCUCUCUGAAGUGCCUUAAAAAGGGCGCCACUUUUGGAAGGCACUUAGUCAAUUUCUUUCUUGUGAUAACGCAGCUUGGGUUCUGCAGUGUGUAUUUUCUAUUCCUGGCAGAGAAUGUAAAACAGGUUGUUGAGGCCUUGCUGAGGAACAGUACUGAGAGCACACUCUCUCCCGGAAACUGCUCUGCUGCUGUAAUACUGGACAGCUGGGAGAUGGAUCUGCGAGGGUACAUGCUCUGCUUCCUGCCAUUCAUGAUCCUCGUGGUGUUCAUUCGGGACCUAAAGAACCUAGCAGUGCUGUCAUUCCUGGCCAAUAUCUCCAUGGCUGUCAGUCUUGUCAUCAUCUACCAGUAUAUCUUACAGGAUAUGGGAGAUCCUCGAAGACUGCCUCUAGUGGCUGCUUGGAAGAAGUUCCCGCUCUUUUUUGGAACAGCAAUAUUUGCCUUUGAAGGAAUAGGGGUGGUUCUUCCUUUGGAAAACAAAAUGAAAGAAACCAAACGAUUCCCCCAAGCACUCAACAUUGGAAUGGGAGUUGUCACGUCUUUGUACAUCUCCCUGUCCAUUUUGGGAUACCUACAUUUCGGCGAUCACAUUAAAGGCAGUAUUACACUAAACUUGCCCCAUGAUGUGUGGAUUUACCAGAUGGUGAAAAUUCUCUACUCCUUUGGGAUUUUUGUGACCUACUCAAUACAAUUUUAUGUCCCAGCCGAGAUAAUCCUCCCAGCUCUCAACUCGAGCUUGAGGGAAAGGUGGAGACUGCCCUGUGAGUUUGCUUUGCGAGCCCUGCUGGUCUGCUUAACCUGUGCUAUAGCAGUGCUGAUCCCGCGGCUUGAUCUGGUCAUCUCUUUUGUGGGAGCCGUCAGUAGCAGCGCCUUGGCCCUCAUUUUCCCUCCUCUGGUGGAACUUAUAAUAUUCUGUGACAAGAAAUUCAGCCUCUGGAUGGUCGUCAAGGAUAUUUUUAUAGCAGUGUUAGGAUGUAUAGGCUUUUUAGCUGGGACUUAUGUGACAGUGGAAGAAAUUAUCUAUCCUGAGGCAACCACCUUCGUUCACGCCACUGGAGGCCCUGCUGUUUCUUUGAACACAACAGACCUUAUAAGUGGUAUAAUGAAUAUUUCAAACCCAUUAACGUCAGUGUAAUGUUAUGUAAAAUGGCACAGGUAAUAAAAGUAGGUAAAAAAAAAUGGGAGAAUAUAUUUUAAUAUAAUUUAUAUAAGCUGAUUUAAACACAUCCACUUCACUGCUGGACAUAUCCACUUCACUGCUAAAAAUAAAUCACUUUUUAAUAAGAUGAGAGUAUAAGAACUGGAAUAUGGGGAGGCUUUACUAUCUUACAGUUUCUCACUUCUGUUCCUCUAUCAGGAAUGAAAGUGGGGGUGAAAUUAACCACACAUUUUGUCAGGCAGUAAUUCUUUGCAAAUAAAUACAAAAUUAUCUGGAACAGAUUGAAAACAUUACUAGUGAAAUAUGACUAAAAGCUAUUAACAUCUUAUAUUCAUGUUAUGUUUGAAAUAGUCCAAAUAUAAUGCAUACUGAUGGUACUUCUUAUAGUCUCAUUGACAUCUUAACUAAAAUGAUCGAAUAUAUCUCCUUAAUUUAGAGAUACUGUUAUGUAAAUAAUUUAUUGUUUGUUAGUUUUGUAAAUAUUGUGGUUUGUUGUGUGGGGUUGUUGUGUGUGUAUUGUGUAUAGUGGGUGUGUGGUGGUGGUUGGCAGGGAUAGGGUUAAUUCCUAUCCUUGCCAAAUACAUAUGAGAAUGUGGCCAGGUGUUGAUUGAAUGAUUAAUUGUCAAUCAACCCUGGCCACGUGGUAUAUAAGGGAGCUACACAGCUCCAUUGGGAGGAACUGCCUGGGAGGGGAGCCCACAUGGAAGGUUUGUUUGUUGGCGUUGAGUCUUUUCUUUGUUUUCUUAAGUCAGUGAAGGCAUUGCUCAGCCUGACUCUCUAUGUUUGAUUUGUGUUUUUGUAUAAACCUUUUGUUUGGCCCCGUGCCUAUUUAUUUUGUGUGUUUGUUUUAUUUUUGUUUAAUAAACAUGCGCCCCAGCGCUUGAAACCUGCA